AUGGCCCCUCAAAUUGUUGUUGCCUUAGCCACCAUUCUCUUUGUUUCCCUUUCUGGGUUGGCCUCUUCGGCCCCCUCCCCUUCCCCCUCUUCAUCUCCCCCAUCAUCCUCACCUUCCUCUUCUUCUUCUCCGUCCGGUGCCCCAUCAAAUGCGGCCCCAAACGGUGCCCCGGGUCCCGCGCCCACCGCAUCAUCGCCCGCUAGCUCCGCCCCAAUUGCAAGCACCCCAUCACCAUCAUCAUCAUCAUCUCCAUCUCCUUCUGAAUCGCCUGCCGCUACUCCUGAUAAUGGCCCCGCUGCUGCCCCGGAGAACGGGCCCGCUGCCUCUCCUGAGGAUAGCGCACCCGCAUCAGCUCCAUCGCCGGAGGAUCCCUCGUCCCCACCGUCGCCAACUGGCCCCGCCGAUGCUCCCGACGACGCUGAUUCGCCGGCGGAUGCGCCCGAGGAGGACGACUACGGCAGUGAAGACGACGCCGCCUUCAGGGUUUCCACCUCUCCCGUCUUUGGAGUUGCCGCCGUAGCCGCAGCUGGAUUAUUCUUCUUCUAA